GGCAGUGUGACACAAUUAGCUCUCGUCUUGUGCGUGCCCUCAAGGCUCCUAAAAUGGAUUUACGUGGUUCCGCUCAAGGCACGUGACAGUCUUUCCAAACUGGCAGGUCACCACAGCGCAUGCGCGAAUGCUGUAGCAUGUUAGUUACACAAGUUUAUUUUCAGCCUUUUUCUUGGAGCCGAUGGUGUAAACUGAGCGUGGUGAAGUCUUGUGCUUUAUUACAAUGAUCUCCUUGGAUUUUUGACAUUAAACCCUAAGAGGAAAAGUGCCCGGAGCACCGAAGUUUGGACAUUUAACGUUGACAUGUUGCUGCGUGGUUUGUCGGUUUUUCCAGGCGGCGACGGACAGACCAAGCCAGGCUAGUUUAAGCUAGCUUAGCUGCCAGCCAAGCAGCUCGGAUAUCCAUCGUUAACCUCUCUGCUUGCUGGGCGUGUUGCAGUAUCCAAGCAGCGUUGAUUUACAGGUUGUAAACGGUCAUACAAUCUAAGGAUUCAUAACCAGGCUGCUUGAUUGUGCACGCAGGACGUCGGAGGAAGCUAAUGCUAGCUACUGCUGUGGACAGGUCCCCUAAAGCGAGUGACAUACACCUUAAAAUACUCCUUUUACAUCCAUAUUGACUGUUGAAGCAGUGCUGACAUGCAGCGCUGAUAUAUGCUAACUGUUAGCUAGCAGCUCACGUCGCACUACAGCAGUCAAAUAGUUGUGGCUGACAUGGCAUCCAGCGGGUACUCUGACCUGAGGGAGAAGCUGAAAUCCAUGACCCCACACAGGGAGGAGAUCAAUAAUAAAUUCGUGGACGGGAUGAGUAAUGGCAGCAGUGGGAAAGCUCGAAAACGUAAGAUCCGAGAGUCCGACGACGAUGAGUUUGAGCACAGCGAUGACUGCGCGGAGAACAUGGAGCAGGAGGCCAGCCGGGUGAAGAGCAGCAUCCUGCAGGAGAGCAUCUUCAGCCCGGAGGAGUGUGCCCUCAUCGAGGAGAAGAUCGACGACGUGGUGACCAGAGGAGAGGCUGGACUUUACCGGGAGCACACCGUGGACCGGGCGCCCCUCCGUAACAAGUACUUCUUCGGGGAGGGCUACACUUACGGAUCACAGCUGGAGAAGCGUGGCCCGGGCCAGGAAAAGCUGUACCGCAAAGGAGAGGUGGACGAGAUCCCGAGCUGGGUGCACGACCUGGUGAUCAAGCGCCUGGUGUCCAGAGGAGUGGUCCCGGAAGGGUUUGUCAACAGCGCAGUCAUCAAUGAUUAUCAACCAGGAGGCUGCAUUGUGUCGCACGUGGAUCCUCAGCACAUCUUUGCACGACCCAUCGUGUCCGUGUCCUUCUUCAGUGACAGCGCGCUGUGCUUCGGGUGCCGCUUCCAGUUCAAACCCAUCCGGGUGUCGGAGCCGGUGUUUGUCCUGCCAGUGAGGAGGGGGAGUGUCACGGUCCUCAGUGGUUAUGCAGCUGAUGAUAUCACCCACUGCAUCCGACCCCAAGACAUCAAGGAGCGGCGUGCGGUGAUCAUCCUAAGAAAGACCAGACCUGACGCGCCUCGAGUCGACUCUGGCAGCCCUAUCAGCGCUUCUCCUGUAGAGAGACCCACUCUGAAAGCCAAACGCACUCAUCGCAGAGCAACAUCAAGUGCUGCUCACAGGCCGAGGGUACUGGAGAUGGACAAAGAGGAGAACAGACAUCCGUCAAACUCCCGUAGUCGUCGUCACAGCAUCAGCUCAGAGAACUACUGGAAACGUGGACAAGACUCCGAAAAACCCCGGGAGAGCUCAGGACGCAAAGUCAAGAUGAGACGCCACUAAGCACUUCUCAUCACACAUGUAAACAUAUAAAUAUACCCUUUCUUUAUGCAUUUCAAUAUUGUAAUCUUUUUUGACUAGUCAUCAUUUUUCUUGCUCUAGUUUAUGUCUGGCACAAGGAGCACAGUCAUCAUGGUGUCUGUUUUGAUUUGAGUCCGGGUCAGUCUGAGUGCAUUAUUUGUUUCUUGCAGACAAGCAAAACAAGUCUGUCUGCUGCACAGUUCAGAACCUGAAGUAACUACACUACACUAAGGCUCUGUUGUUAAAUUCCCUUUAAUCAAACUUUUCUUGUUUCUAUGUCCUCAAAUAUUUCAGAAUGGCAUGUAUUUUUUGUAACCAAGAUGUACAGACCACAAGAGCUAAAGAAAAGAUGUAUGUAUGGACUUGUACAAAAGAAACCCUGCGCUGUAAUCUAACUUGUUAUAAUGUACAAUACAAUUGUAUAGCCUUUGAUUUGGGGAACUUUUAUGCAGAAACAAACUUCCAAUUUUUGCACCUACAUUUCUGAUCCUCACCCUUAAUGUGCCAUCCCAGACCUUUGUUCCCUUCGGCCUCCCUGUCACAGUUACAUUUACAAAACACCUGGCAGAUGUGCAGCCAUGAUGUUCUGUGUUAUGAUUUGAUUCAGAUGUAUGUCUCCUCUUGUUGUAGGUCACAUCGACUGAACUGAUGUUUAAUUGAGUGAUGAAAACCUCAGCGUUUGUUUUGGGCUCCUGUUUCAGUUUGAAGUUGCUUUACCUUGUAUAGUGACAGAGGCCAUGUUAAUGCUUUUCUGUAUUAAAUCAAAAAUGCUCCUCAA